CCACCUCCAGGCGACGGCAAGACGCUCUUGACGCCUGCCUGGGCACCAUCUCUACGCCUCAACCCAGCAAUGCACCAAACCUAUAUCGUCGACGGUCUCGGCCUCUUACCGCGGUACUUCCGAACCACACUGGUUGAUGCUCGUAGCUGGGCGCAGCUCUACGACAUCUACGACGGAAAGACCUACCAGCAAGUCAUGCAGCUCCCUCCUGGCCCAAUGAUCAACUCGACACUGCCAACAACUUCUACGGAAGCACAGCAGAUUGCUGGGAUCGUGGCGGCGGAGAACGCACUCGCUGCUGAUCAUGGUGCUGCUGCUCAGCAGUACAACGCGGCGCAAGUACAU